UGCAAAUCACUUCUGCUGGUGGGAGUUUUGGAUCUUUAAGGUUGUCUUGAAGGUACAGCAGCCCCAAAAGUGUGUCCCCAUCUCCAAAAGCACCAGAGGUUCACUCUUCUCCCCCAGAGAAAUAUUUACCCGGAUGCUGUGGGUCAAUAUUUGCCUGCCAAAUUCUCAAACAGGGGGUGGUGCUGAAGGUCACUGCUGGGAAGGGGAGGCUGGACCAGAGCUCUGUGUGCCCCAUGCAGAGCUGCUGGGCAGGCUAAAGCAGCUGCCAGCUCCAACGUGGACAUCAACAGCCUCAGCUUUGUUCAUCUCCCCAUUGCUUUCCACGAGCUCCUGUGCCAACCUGUUUGGCCAGGCUGAUAAUUUUCUCCCUGCUGAGCUGAAUAGGCAGAAUAUUGCAGCUCACUCCUCUCUCGGCUGGUCCUUGUGUUCCAGGAAAAUGGGGUUCCUCUGGGGGCUGCUCUGCCUGGCUGCUCUGCACAGCCUCCCAAGGCUGGCACAUGGCAUUGAGCAGCACCGUCUGUUCCUGGACAAGGAUGGGAAGCUGAGGGAUGUGAAAAGCGCUGGAAUUGCACAGUCGGAUUUGCUGGGAGCCAUCCCUGCCCUGCCAGAGGGAAAGAUGGUAGAAUUCAGUUAUGACAGCUUCCAGGAGAAUGAUGGAGCCAUGUCAGCACUCCCCAGCACCCUGCCAGACUCGAGGGAUGCCUGGAACUCAGAAGAUGAAGCCGUGGCUGGGGCUGGGGGCUGUCGUGGGGAGAAAUCACCUGGGGAAAAUGCCUCUGCUGAAGAGGAGGGAGAUAAAAGCUGUGAGCUGACUUGGAAGACGAGCCAGAAGCUGGCAGAUGGCUUGAUGAGAUUCAGCAUUGAUCUCCUGAGAGAGGUGGAGCUGGAGUCCAACAGAAGCAACGUGAUCCUGUCCCCCCUGAGCAUCGCCCUCGCCCUGUCCCACCUGGCUCUGGGGGCAGCAAAUCAGACAGAGAAGCGUUUGCUGGAGGUGAUGCACCUGGAGUCAGUGCCCUGCCUCCACCAGAUGCUGGGCACCCUUGGCAGGAGGCUCUCAGAGUCCACCCUGAGCCUGGGGUCACGCCUGUACCUGCAGAAAGGGUUUGAGGUCAAAGAGAAGUUCCUGGAGGAUUCAGAGAAAUUCUAUGGAGCAAAGCCCAAGACCCUUUCUGGGAUCAAUCAGGACGACCUCGUGGCCAUAAACAGCUGGGUAAAGGAUGUCACUCAUGGAAAAAUUCCCUCCUUCCUCCAGCAGCUCCCUCAGAACACAGUGAUGCUCCUGCUCAAUGCCAUCUAUUUCCACGGGUUUUGGAGGAAUAAGUUUAAUGCAAGCUUCACUGGGCCAGAUGUGUUCCACCUUGACAAUGAGUUUGUGGUCCCAGUUGAGAUGAUGAAAGCCCACCAGUACCCCCUGAGCUGGUUUACCCUGGAGUCCCAGGAUAUUCAGGUGGCCAAGUUUCCCUUCAAGAGCAAUGUGAGUUUUGUGGUCAUUGUACCAAACCACAACACCAGGGACACCUCUCACGUGCUGGAGAACUUCCCUUACAAACAACUGUGCAGGCUCUUCCCCAGAGAGGUGCCCACCACGGUGAAGAUCCCCAAAAUAAAGUUGGACCAAAAGCUGGAACUCAACCAGGUUCUCAGCCAAAUGGGCCUCCAGGAGCUGUUCACGAGCCCAAAUCUCCAGAAGAUCACAGAGCAGCCUCUCUUUGUGUCCAGUGUCCAGCACCAGGCCACCCUGGAGCUCAGAGAAGAUGGGGUGGAAGCCUCUGCUGCCACCAGUGUGGUGCUGUCACGCUCGGUCUCUGCCUUCAGCCUCGACAGGCCCUUUGUCUUCAUCAUCUUUGAGGAUGAAACAGGGAUCCCACUUUUCAUUGGCAGUGUCCAGAACCCCAACCCAGAUGCUGCUCCCCAGAUCCCAGAGCCGCAGGACUCGGGUGAAGCCACAGAUGCCAACAAGAACCGCGUGCCCAAAUAACAGAGGGCACAGCUGAGUGUUCUGGGACUCCUGCCUGACCCUCUGGACCAGCUGGGAGAGGCCACAGGGGGGCAAUUCCUCGCUGUUUUCCUUUCCAGAUCCCUAGAGACCAGUCCUGGGAUUUUUGAGUUUCUCCAGGCUGAGGCUCCCCUGUGUUGAACCUGAAAACCUUGUUCUGCCUGGAUUUCCCUUCCAGGGCUCUCAGUCAUGGAAGGGAGACUUUCUUGUCCCCAGACUGUUAUUAGAGUCUUCAUUAAGAUCUUAUUAGAGUCCCCUGUAGCCUGGAAUCAUCAUUAGCAUCUGGCAGCUUGGACAUCAGCCAGGGCUGUCUGAGUGCGGCUCUUCCUUCCGCAGUCCUGGAACACGAAUCCCGCCGUGUUCCUCUAAAACCAUCUGUGCCCACCUAGACAGCGACCUCCAGAGCAACUGGACCAGAAACCAGUUGUCUUCACUAGGAUGAGUCACAACCUCUUCCAGGCAUGGGCUCUUUUCAAAGAUUCCCUUUCCCCACUCCUUGGCUAUUAGGAUCUGAUGUAGGAGGCUCUGCUGUAGGAAACCCCUCCCUUUGGAUCCUUCUUUCCAGCCCUUCUUCUAGAGGCUGGGUGAUGCUAGAUUUUUCAAGGCAUAUUUUAUAAAGUGUUUUUUAGUAAUUUUUAUGUUGGCAGAAUAAUAAAGAAUAAAGCAGAAUGUGUUU